CUGAAAAUAGCUAGAGGAGCUGUAUGUGAGAAUGUGAAUGUCAACUAAAAGGAUUUUCUGAGACUUCUCCUGUCACCACUGUCACAUUUCUGGACUUUAGUCAUUGCCAUGCAGAAAAUGAAAAAAGCUUCCUGGAUAAGACGUCUUCAACUUAACUCAAGCAAGUCCAGUCACCUACAGCUAACCACAGGAAGGCCAAUGGCUGGACUGGAGUUCGAACCAGCGACUCAGCCCGAUCAUACAUAUUCAUCUAUGCUGCUGCUGGAUGUGAGUGUCUCCUUCCCCAACUGACUGAGGAGCUUCGUCUGGAUGAUGGAGGUUCAAAGUUUAUUUCAGAGUGGCCUCUGGAGAAGUUGCUGAGCAGCACCAAUGGCUGCCCAGUGCGACCCUUUGAGCGGAUACUUGCAGCAGUCGGACCAGGGCUCCAACAGCGAGCGGAGCACCGACUCACCGCUCCCCGGCUCAGAGGAGGACCUGAGCGGACCACAUCCGCUGCCAGACCCCGAGUGGACGGAGGAGAGGUUUCGGGUGGACCGUAAGAAGCUGGAAGUCAUGUUAUUAGCCGCCUCUGAGGGGAGAGUCAACGGCGGGGAGGAUUUCUUCCAGAAGAUCAUGGAUGAGACCCAAACGCAGAUAGCCUGGCCGUCCAAACUGAAAAUUGGAGCCAAGUCCAAAAAAGAUCCACACAUCAAAGUAUGCGGGAAGAGGGAGAACGUGAGGGAAGCCAAGGACAGAAUUAUGUCUGUCCUCGACACAAAGAGUAACAGGGUAACUCUGAAGAUGGACGUCUCCCACACGGAGCACUCUCACGUUAUCGGCAAAGGUGGCAACAAUAUCAAGAGGGUGAUGGAGGAGACAGGGUGUCACAUCCAUUUCCCAGACUCCAACAGGAACAACCAGACGGAGAAAAGCAACCAGGUGUCCAUCGCAGGGCAGCCAGGAGGGGUGGAGGCGGCUCGAAUAAAAAUAAGGGAGCUACUACCUCUUGUGUUGUCAUUUGAGCUUCCCGCCAUCAUGCAGUCUGACCCCAGCUCCCCCACUGUGCAGCACAUCUCGCAGACUUACAACCUCACGGUCUCCUUCAAGCCUCCGACGCGUCUCUACAGGGCCACGGGGGUUGUUCGUGGCUCACAGAACAACACCAACGCAGUCAAGAGAGGCACCGCUCUGUUGUUAGAGCAUCUGGCCGGAAGCCUGGCCAGCACCAUCACCGUCACCACCCACCUGGACAUCGCACCGCAGCACCACCUCUUCAUGAAGGGCCGCAAUGGCAGCAACAUCAAGCACAUCACUCAGAGGACGGGAGCCCAGAUCCAUUUCCCCGACCCCAACAGCCCCCAGAAGAAAUCCACAGUCUACAUUCAGGGCACAAUUGAAUCCGUCUGCUUGGCGCGGCAGUACCUCAUGGGCUGCUUGCCUCUGGUCUUAAUGUUUGACAUAAAAGAGGACAUUGAGGUGGAGCCCCAGUGUAUCACGUUGCUGAUGGAGCAGCUGGAUGUCUUCAUCAGUAUCAAACCAAAGCCAAAACAACCCAGCAAGUCUGUGAUAGUCAAGAGCGUGGAGAGGAAUGCGGUGAACAUGUACGAAGCCAGGAAAUUCCUCUUGGGCCUUGAGAGCAACGGAGUGUUGUCCUCCUCGCCCUCCGUGGCCUUGAAUCCCACCACCAGCGGCCCGUCCCCGUCCCUCAUCUGCCCCGUUGGCCUGGACAUCCUGGCCUCAGCUGGUCUGGGGCUCAGCAAUCUGGGUUUCCUGGGGGCGACGGCGGCCCACUCCCUCGCCACCUCGGCUGCCCCGAACGCCGUCCUCAACAGCUUAAACUCCUCCAUGAGUCCACUGCAGAACCCCAACCCCAGCAACCCCACACCGCCCCCCUCCCUCUGGCCCAGCUCACUCACAGGCACCCAAGGCUUCACGUCUCCGCUGAUGCUGCAUCCUGCCACCCAGGCCACGCUGAGCAGCAUCCUCCUCUCGGGCGUGCAGGGUUACACACAGAGUACACCAUCCCCUCCUCCUGGUCUUGCCCCGAUAGACAAGCAGCCCAACGGCGUCCCGGACUGCACCAAAGGCCCCUGCACUUUAAACGGACACGUCAAGCAUCCCGGUUCCGUCUAUGGGAGGAUAGCGUCUGCAUCACUAGGAGACACGGUUUUGAGUCCAGCCCCAUGUGACUCGGUCCAGGAGGCCAGUGGACACAAUCCAUCAGAACCGCUAUCAAGCAAGUCCAGUCCAGACGAAGGCUCCGACACCUUUGUGGAAGUGGGCAUGCCCAGGAGCCCGUCUCACUCGGCCAACGGCAGCGAGCUGAAACAAAUGCUGGCUUCGUGUAAAACGUCAUCAGGGAAGCGGCAGGCUGUGGAGCUCCUGCAGGGCACCAAGAAUUCCCAUCUACAUUCAGACUGUCUCCUGUCGGACGCCGAGUCCAGUUCGUCGGACAGUCCUGUAGCAGAUAAGAGGGCACCGGGCAGCGAGCGAGCGGCUGAGAGGGCAGCGCAGCAGAACGAGAGGGAGAGAAUCAGACUGGCGCCGCAGACCUCCUUCGCCAACAUGCAGGCGUUUGACUAUGAACAGAAAAAGCUGCUGGCGACCAAAGCCAUGUUAAAGAAACCUGUCGUGACCGAGGUGCGAACUCCCACCAAUACUUGGAGCGGUCUGGGCUUUUCAAAGUCCAUGCCAGCGGAGACCAUCAAGGAGCUGCGCAGAGCCAAUCACGUUUCAUACAAACCCAGCAUGAGCACCACCUACGAGGGUUCCCCGCUGUCCCUGUCUCGAUCCAGCAGCCGCGAGGGUGUUGGGAACGGCAGUGACUCGGACAACUGGCGAGAGAGAAACGGCACCGGUAAUGGUCUGCCGAGUCACGCAGAGUUCCCCUCGGCCGUCAGCAGCCCCAAGAGGAAGCAGAACAAAUCGGCUGCAGAGCAUUACCUCAGCAGCAGCAACUACAUGGACUGCAUCCCCUCGGUAACUGGCAGCAACGGCUGCAGCCUGAGCUCGUCUCUGAAAGGCUCGGACCUGCCCGAGCUCUUCAGCAAGCUGGGCUUAGGGAAGUACACGGACGUCUUCCAGCAACAAGAGAUUGACCUCCAGACAUUCCUGACUCUCACCGACCAGGACCUGAAGGAACUGGGCAUCACCACCUUUGGAGCCCGCAGGAAAAUGCUGCUCGCCAUCUCAGAACUAAACAAAAACCGGAGGAAGCUGUUCGAGCCGCCCAUCAGGUCCUCGUUUCUGGAAGGCGGGGCAAGCGGCCGCCUCUCGCGGCAGUUCCACUCAGACAUGGCCAGUGUCAGCGGGCGGUGGUAGUCGCCUCCGCGCGUCCAGCUCAUCUCCUAAACCGUCCAGGAUGAUGGACGGUCAUCAUCAUGAUCCCUCCCCGUGUCUCUCUGUGCCUCAGCAGCAGCAGCCCCAGGUUUCAGCGGUUGUUGUUUACCUUUUUUUUUUUCAGCUUCAACUGAAUUAAGACUGUUCGGAAUGUCGUUGUCGUUGCCAUACAGUAUGAAUAUUGUGUAUAUUAAAAAAAAAGAAAAAGCCAUAGUUUUACCUGAAGUGCCAACAAGAAACACGUGAGGUUCAGUGUUCACUCCGUAUAGAGCCAUUUAGUCUAUGUGGAACAUUUAUAUAUGAAGGUUAUGAUUCUGAAGGAAGGUACUGUCCAGUAUUUCUGUCCAGGCAGAAUGAUUAGUACAAUCAUUUUUUUACACAUUGAUACUUCCUGCAUUUGUAUUAUGCUGUCGUAUCGGUGACAUGCACUUUAACAAUACUAGACUUUUUGCCUGUGAGAGCCUAAUUCCUUACACUUAAAGUAAUGAUGACUAUGCAUUAUUUUUUUUCGUUUUUGUUUUGUUUCUGUUUUUAUUAUCGACUAAAAGCACAGAUGCAUUUUGUGCCAAACAAAAUGUUUAAGCACUUAGCCAGAGAAAGUGACGGCUGCCGCCAAAUGAAGUGCAGAGUGGGGUCAGCUCACCACAGUAUUGACUUCAUCUACCAAAAGAAAAGAAGAAAAAGAAUCCUCGUGGCCUUUAACCUUUGGCAGCCAUUAGUGUUUUCAUUCCUCCAAGGUCAGUGUUUGUGUCCGUCUUUGUAUUUCUACACACACAAAAAUCAAAUAUUUUGUAUUCAUUAUUCAUUAUGAUUUUUAUGUUAAGUUUUUAGUUUUAUUACUAUUUUAGGGGAGCGGGUGGGACGUUUAACUGUAAUCAGUUUACAUAUGUAUUUUUUUUUAAGUUCCUGAAUGAGUUUCUAUCUUUUAUUUUGUAAUUAUUAGAUUAUUUAGUCUCUUUCACUUUUGUUUUUUUGUUUGUUUUUUUUAAACUUUCCUGCCCAGCAGGAAAGAAACUUUCCAGAUUCUCUCAGCGCUGUGACUCGUGUUCCUGCCUAGCAGACAUUUGUUUUCAUCCUUCACCCAUGUUUGGAUAUGUUUGCUCUGAGGGCAGUAGAAAAAAAUAUUAAUUCAUGUUAUUGCAGAUUUAGUAUGGAUCAGUAAAGGGACUCAUUAUGUUAAAAAGAAGAAAAGUUUACUGCCAUCUUGCCUCGUCUCUGCCCUCGAUAGGAUAGUUUCACAAUUAUGUCUCCGAUUUGUUGCGUUACUCAUAUUUUUUCCCAAAGGGAUUUGUUCGAAGGAGUCGUCGUACUGCAAUCAAAAUGGUACAUUUAUAAUAAAUGUAAACCACUAAGGAAAAAAAA